ACAUUCAUUUAUGGUACUAAAAGAAAACAUGAACUUGUCAUGCAAUCAUAAACACUAACUGAUUAAUUAUUUUCCUUAUUAUUUCACUAUAACCAUUUGGUUUAAUUUCACUUUCUCUUCCAAGAUGCUGAAUGUAAUUAGAAGAAAACUUAGGCACCUUUAUUCAAGAAUACUAUUUCUACUAUGGAAACGUCCUAGAUCUAAAGUUGUUAUCAAAAGGUUUAGAAAAUUGAAUUGUAACAACAAAAGCAAAACAAAAAGCAACUUAGUUGAGUGUGACACAAGAAAGCCUAUUAGAAUUGCAACAUUCAAUGUAGCUAUGUUUUCACUAGCACCAGCAAUUUCAGAAUUUGAUGAUAUUGUUGUGUCUAACAAAAAGAAGAAAAAUUCUUCCACAACAACAGAAAGUUGUGAUUUUCCAAAGAGUAUACUAAAACAAUCACCAUUACAUGGUUCAAUACCAAGAUCAAAUUUGAAGGUUUCAAUUAAUCUACCUGAUAAUGAAAUUUCAUUAGCAAAUAGUAGCAAUAUGGUUAGUGUUUCAAGGAGAAAUCAAGUACCAGCAAGAUCACCUGUGUGUUUUCCUUUUAUGAUGAAUAUGAAUUAUUCAUGUGAGGGUAGUGAGAAAUUGAGUGGUGGAAGCAGAAGCAUUUUGGAAGUGCUUAGGGAGAUAGAUGCUGAUGUGGUGGCACUGCAAGAUGUUAAGGCAGAGGAAGAGAAGAGUAUGAAGCCACUUUCUGAUUUGGCAGCUGCUUUAGGGAUGAAAUAUGUUUUUGCUGAGAGUUGGGCUCCUGAAUAUGGAAAUGCUAUCUUAUCUAAAUGGCCUAUUAAAAAGUGGAAAGUUCAAAAGAUUGCUGAUGAUGAUGAUUUCAGGAAUGUUAUAAAGGCAACAAUUGAUGUACCUUGGGCAGGAGAAAUAAAUUUUCACUCUACUCAACUUGACCAUUUAGAUGAAAAUUGGAGAAUGAAGCAAGUUAAUGCAUUAAUUCGUUCCAAUGAUCCUCCUCACAUCUUGGCAGGAGGUUUGAAUUCUCUCUAUAGAGCAGAUUACUCAUCAGAGAGAUGGACAGACAUUGUUAAUUAUUAUGAGAAGCUUGGAAAGCCAAGGCCAAUGACUGAAGUGAUGAACUUUAUGAAAUCAAAAUACUAUGAUGAUGCAAAGGAUUAUGCUGGAGAAUGUGAACCUAUUGUCAUCAUUGCCAAAGGCCAAAAUGUGCAGGGUACAUGCAAGUAUGGUACAAGGGUGGAUUACAUUUUGGGUUCAUCAAAUUCACCAUACAAAUUUGUUCCAGGGUCAUACUCAGUAAUUUCUUCUAAAGGAACUUCUGAUCACCAUAUAGUGAAGGUAGACAUAAUGAAAGUAAAUGUCUCUGCUCAGAAUAAUGUAAUCAGACAAUGUAGGAAAUUAAGGCAGAAGGUUGUGAGAAUAACACAACCUUGUUCUGUAACAGGUGCAUGGAAAUCAACCCCACCUCCUAAAAUUCUUGUACCAUAGAAAAUUUUAAUCAAUAAUUUGAUAGUUGUAUAUAGAAAGCAAUAUUGUGUAUUUUGAUAUAUGCAAUAAUAAAAUUCGACAAUUACAAAA